AUGCAUCGACUUUUUGCUAAGCUGGAGCCAUCUGUAACCGUCACCGAGCAAAACCUGGCAGACCGAGUUCGGUAUAUCUUGCGCUCAAAUAGAUUUGAUGUCACCGAACUCGAACGGCUACGACGUGAGGCUGUUCCUACAUCGGGUGAAAAUGCUGCGGCUGAGGAUGCGGCGCCACAACUUGCUGAGCAAACGGCAAAUGUGAAUGCCACCGUAAAUACGCCAGUUGUGGUUGAUUCAAACGAUGAUGGAACAGUCGCCCAGAAACUGGAACUAGAGCAAAUGAGGAGUACAUUGGAAGAGGCGAUUGUGGAAACGCGCAGUACGCCUCUCAAAAAUCGACCGCGACUUCCCCGCUUAACCCUAAGCAAGCGGAAUCGGGCUGUCGUGAGAGCUCUGAACCCAAUGCUAGUUACCUAUUUAGAAACCAGCCGGGACCUUUGCGAGACGGACUCAAUUCUUUUUGGCGCCGCACUGGCAGUCUGCCGUAUUAUAGGCGCCAAAGUUUCCACGGCUGGACGCGCUACUGGACAAAGUAGUGCUAUCCUAGCCUGGAGAAUAAGAAUUGAAGAACGUAUCGCAAAGGCUAGGGCCCUCAUUAGCAGACUGAUAUGCUUCAAGUCAGGCAAUAUCAGGCCGUCAGGAUGGCGUUUGCUGGGCCAAAUGUUAGUUUCUCCCAGCCGGAUAUAA